AUGCGCAAACGUCUUGCCUACGGGUUCUACGCCAUGGCUCUCCAGCAGAUGGGAGGCAUUGCACCCGUCACGAUGUACGCAACCUAUAUCUACAUGUCUUGGGAUGGGGAAAAGUUUUUCAUCGUGCAGGUCAAUACCUUCACCGUCGACAAGUUCGGACGGCGACAGCUACUUAUCACAGGCUUCGCAAUUCAGGCUAUCGCUCUCCUCAUCUUGUCGAGCUUGACGACAUCGUUUCCGCACAACACCAACAAAGCUGCCGCGGUAGUCGAGAUCGCAAUGCUUUUCAUCGUAGGCCUGACAUAUUGCUGGUCUGAUGGGCCGCCAGCUAUUGCUUCAGAGAUCUUCUCACAGCACGUCCGCGACAAGGCUUUCGGUAUCUCGCUGCUGGGCCAGACUUCGUGUCUUCUCGCCAUCACACAGCCAUGGCCACAGUUCAUAAGGAGGUCGGGACAGAGAGCUACUGGUUACUGUUCGGUCUGA